AAUGCCUAUGAGAGCCAGCGUUGUUGUUUUGUGUGCUUCUUUACUUAUUAAUUGGACCAAUGGUUUUAGUUAUGAAGGGUAUAAACUGUAUGAGAUUGUUGCAAAUGAUAUAAUCGAGAUGAAGUACUUGCGGGAAUUGGAAAAACAAGCUGGUCUAAAUUUUCUCAAGGAAGCUUAUUCUCUGGGUGAGCCAAAUGAGGUCGUUGUAGCCCCUCAAUAUCAAAAAGAAAUUGAAAAAAUCCUUAAAAGCAUUGGUUUGAAGUACAAAAUCGUGGUAGAAAAUGUUGAAGAAAUUAUGGAAGCUGAAAGAAGAACUUUUUCACUUAGACCGUUUAUGGGUUUGGGAGAUGUUACGUUCAGAAGUUUCAUGUUUCAUCAUGAAGUGAGUAUGAAUGCAUAUUUACGAAGAUUGGCUGGUCAAUAUCCUGAAAUCACAAAACUGGAACAUUUUGGAACAUCGUUUGAAGGAAGAGAUAUGUUGCUUAUAAGGGUGUCCAGUGGUCCCAGUUCGAAUCCCGAUGUGCCCAAACCAACUAUAUUCAUAGACGCAGGAAUUCACGCCAGAGAAUGGAUUGCUCCCCCCGCAGCUUUAUACAUAAUUCAUCAAUUAGUUGAAAACCCUGCGAACGCAGCAUUGUAUCAGAACGUAGACUGGGCUAUCAUUCCCUGUUUGAACCCAGAUGGCUACCAAUAUACCCAGGACGAGGAAAGAUGGUGGCGAAAGACUCGCAGCGUCCUCCCGAAUUCCGAUUGCAGAGGGACAGACGGCAACAGAAACUUUGAUUAUUACUGGAUGCACGCUGGAGCAUCAUCAACCCCCUGUGCCGAGACUUAUGCUGGACCUCAAGCAUUUUCAGAACCGGAAACAGUUGCUUUGAAAGACUGGUUCUUUACUAACAACGGCACUGUCAAAUUGUACCUCACUUUCCACAGCUUUGGCAAUUUGCUACUCUAUCCUUGGGGAUACGAUCGCAUCGUGCCAGAUGACGUAGGUGAUCUAAAAUAUCUAGGAGAUUUAGUAGCAGAAGCAAUAUACAAUGCCAACAAACUAAACUCUGUAUACAUGGUUGAUACAUCAGCACUAGGCUUGUAUGAAGCUGCUGGAACUAGUGCUGAUUGGGCCAAAGCGGUCGGAGGAUCAGCAUUGUCAUAUACAAUCGAACUUCCACUUGGAUCUGCCAGAUACGCAUUCUUGAACCUCGCAAGUGAAAUUCUACCAAUAGUUCAAGAAACUUGGGCAGGAAUUGAAGUUUUCCACAGUUUUAUUGAAGAAAGAUUUUGGACCAACCUAACGAUCACAACUACAACCCCAUCAUCCUAGAUUAGACAAAAAAUAUUAAAUAAAGACAAGUUUUGUAACUAUAACUUUGCAUACAGAUUUUUACAGAUUUA